GACGAACUCUUGGAUAAAAUCAGUGUGCCACUCGCAGAAUAAACGCUACUAAAUUAUAUGAUAACGUGUUAUUCUCUGGGAUUAGUUUUUCUUAACACUUCCUAAUCAGUUAUUGAAUUUGUUUAAGCCACGCUUGUAAUAAUGACUUCUCGAGAAAGAGAAUCUCGGUCAACGGCGUCGGGCCGUGUUUUAGACGCUGCUGCUCGCUAUCGACGUCAAAAGAAAGCACUGGAGGCAUUAGAACAAGAUAAUUUUCAUGAUGAACCUCAUGCUGAUCUGGUCAUGAGUAAAAGAGCACCAAAGUUUCAAGAAACAUUAGAGUCGAAAGCUGGAACAGGCCUAAAGAAAAAGAAAAAACGAGAUUCAGAAUAUUACAAAAUCAAAUACCGAAAACCAUUAAACCUCUUGGUGGAAGAAGAACAGUUGGCAAAUCCCGAAGGCCCUAAUUAUUCCUCAUGUGCAGCACCCCCCUCCAAAUUUCCUUCUAGGUCCUUUUGCAACGUUUGUGGAUUUGAAGCUUCGUACAACUGUGUUUCUUGUGGAAGCAAAUUUUGUAGCAUCAAGUGUUCGCAGACCCAUCAAGAAACACGUUGCUUAAAGUGGACUGCAUAACGUAUGUGUAAAUAAUGCCCUCUAAUGUUUGUGAGUUUGUGAAUCCAUUUUUUAUUAAUCAAAGUAAACUAGGAUAUUCUGAUAAAAAUUUUCAAUAUGGCAUAGUUCAAAGCAAUAAAAAUAUGGUCAACUUUACGCUUCAA